AGGAAAAAUAGAGGCGGCGUCUGAUCACCAUGCGUCACGCCUAUGCAAAGAUGUGCCCAUCAUUAGAACCAUGCUCGGAAACGAAGCAAGGAGAAUGGCGUUGGUGCUGUAGCCGCGAUUUGGGCGCCGUGGAGGACUGCGUGCCGGCCCCUCCGUCGCAGCAGCGGAGUAAACUCCGGCAGGGCCUUGCGAUGGAUUGGCUCUGCCAGGUGAACAGGUUGCGCCGAUAGAGGCGGCGACGGAAAGGCUUCGCGUCAGGGAAAUCGCGAAAGUGCGCAGGGGCGAUACAGUGGGGUCGAUGGAAUGAGCCAACCGCGCGCGCUUCAGUCGAACAGUCGCGCCCUCGCCGCUGACCAGCGUGCAGGAAUUCAACACGCCGCGGAGAAGCGACCCGCGCCGUUUUUUGUUUUUGCUUCUCGCGGGCCGCGCCAGGGGCGGGCGUGCCCAUUGUUCCGACUUCGAUUUCCCAACAAGCGCGGAAUAAGUGCUGUAUGGGGAUUCCGCACGGGCUGAAGCGCGACCCGCCUGGUGCGGACAUAAUGCGGCUCAGAGAAAUGGUCGCGACGACGUUCGCCGCGCGCGCUGGCGAUGUGGCUCGCCAGCAUGUGCCUGGCCCUUUGCGGAAGCAGUGCGCCUAUGCCCCGCUGCUGUUGCAUUUCAGAGGUUCCGGCGGCAACGGCAAAAGCACAGCCCUCGCGGUUCUCACAGGGAGCGCUCUCGGGGCGGUAUUCGCCAGCGGGCAGCGCGCUGGCGCCGCCUGCGGGCGCCGGGCAAUUGUCCGAGCCCGCGGACGUGGCUCGCUUGGCGGACUCCCUGCCUCGGGCGCCGCGCAGCGUCUUUCGAGGAGCGGAGGCGCGACGCCGCGCCAGCAGGGCUGA